AUGGUUAACCACCGUUGUUUUUUCUCCAACUGUGAAAACGGUCCCGCAUACAUCUGCACAUGCUGUUCUAGCGAAACUUAUAUGUGCAAGUUUCAUAUGGGAUUUCAUUGGACUAACACUGCAAGCCAUUCUUUUAAGCCAAUUUUUUCUCUUCCAAACCCUGCCGCCAAAAGUUUAAUCUUAAGCAAGCUGAACAAAGAAAAACUUAAAGUAGACAAACUAAAAUCAAAAGUACUAAAAAAGUUUACCUUUGGAUACUCAUGUUUGUACAAUUUAAUGACUAAUAUUUUCAAUGUCAUCAAUAAAGAUGCCAAAGAAGUUCACGAGUCAAUUAACAAAAUUAAUAGCACUACAGAGAUUUCAAAGUAUGAGACAAAUAAACUACUUAAAUCAUUAUUAUUGAGUGCAGAAAACGCUGGUAAAGUUACUGAUCUUCCAAAAUUUAAGGCUAACCCAAACAUAGAGGCUGCCUGUUCAAUUAUGCUGAACAUUUCGAAAAUCCUUGAACAAUUGUCAAAAAAAUUGCUAGACCCUGAUGCAGGUGACAUUAUACAAGAAUUUCAAGACGCGCUAAAUGGAUUUGAAACCAAUGUUUUUUCAAAGGAGGAAGAAGCUUUAAUGAUUCAGCAAUUGCAUGCAAGACUCGAAAAGCUUUUAAGCUAUGAAGAAAUGAUAAAAAAAGCAAAAGAAAACUAUUUAGCAAAUUUUGAAUUGCCAGUAAAUCUGCAGAAUCUAAAAUUUUUAAUUAAACAAUGUGGGCCAGACAUUAAUAAAGAAAACUAUAAAGCAUUGAUCGAGGUUAACAGUGAAGCAAAGGAGCUUUAUGAGCUUCUAGAAAAAAGCUAUGAAACCCUAACACAAGAACUAGCAGCAAUGACCGACCAGCUGGCAUUCGAUAGCGGCUAUCUGUAUAGUAUUAAGAGAGACAAAACUAUUCAGCAGAAUAUAAUGCUGAAAUAUAGCAUUGAAAACAAAGCUUUUGAACGAAAAAAUCUUGAUAACGAGCUUUUAGACAAAGGAACUGCCAUAAUUCAACUCCCAAAUAGUGAACUUUUUUGCUAUGGAAAUUAUUCAUGCACUGGAUAUUCAUGCAUCAUCAAUCUCAAAACACUAGAAAUCAAAGAACUCCCUGAAGGAUAUCCAUGCAGCUCAGCAGGGAUCGCUUAUUACAACAAAUGCGUAUAUGCCUUUGGAGGCUGCUCUCAGAAGAAAAGCUGGUCAUCUCAAGCAUGCAAGUUCGAAUUGACUGGAUAUAAAUGGAAUAAGCUGCCUACCCUGGCUGUAUCUUACAGCUGCAAUUGCUCAUGUGCUGUUUUUGAAAAUAAUAUUUUAUUAUGCAGCGAAGGGAGAACUGACAUCGUAAAGUAUGAAAUUGAUAGAAAUUCUUAUACAAUUGUUGCUAAUAUAAGCUCAUUGAGUAAAGGAAAAAAACUGCUGUUCGCUGCGGAUUCAAGGGUUUUUCUGCUGGAAAGUAAAGGGAAUAUUUUUGAAAGUAAAGAUGGAAAUAACUGAAAGCAGAUUGAAAGCAGUGCCUUUGGGAACCACAACUGCUCUUUUAGUGUCUACAACCAUAAAUUUCAGUCGAUUUUUCUGUGCUUGAAUAGCAGACAAGUGCAUUGCUAUGAAUUCAACUUGCAUAAAAAACAUUUAGUAAAAUUAACUUCAACUUAUUAA